UCAAGACUUGUCAGAACUAUUUACCAUCUCAGAACAAUUUGUUCACUUCACUCAGAAAUUAGAAGUGUGUUUUGGCUAAUAAUCCUAAAUUUAUUUUGUAGUAGUCAUUUUUCUUAAUGGAAGUGUUUUCCAGAUGUUGCCUAAGUCUAGCUGUCUGGGCCCUCUUCCAACAAAUGAGGAAAGUUUGAUUUCAUAGGUUGUCACUGUUGAUUCUGUCUAACCUUUGGACUAAUUGGUUCAUCCCAAUAUAUUUGCACUGAUAUAUAAGGCUUCCAGGACACUGGAAAAACUCAUUAUUGCUUUUACGGUGAGGGCUCAGUACCUGGAAACAGCCAUGGAGUGGAAAAUACUUCCCACAUACUUGCUGCUACUUUCUGUUUUCUUGAUUCAGCAAGUUUCUUCUCAAGAUUUACCAAGCUGUGCAGGGAGAUGUGGGGAAGGGUAUUCUAGAGAUGCCACCUGCAACUGUGAUUAUAACUGUCAACACUACAUGGAGUGCUGCCCUGAUUUCAAGAAAGCCUGCACCAUAGAGCUUUCCUGUAAAGGCCGCUGCUUCGAGUCCUUUGCAAGAGGGAGGGCAUGUGACUGUGACUCAGAUUGUAAGAAGUAUGGCAAGUGCUGUCCUGAUUAUGAGAAUUUUUGUGGAAAAGUGCAUAAUCCCACAUCACCACCAUCUUCAAAGACUGCACCUCCACCUCCAGGAGCAUCUCAAACCAUCAAAUCAACAACCAAACGUUCACCCAAAGCACCAAACAAGAAGAUGACUAAGAAAGUGAUAGAAUCAGAGGAAAUAACAGAAGAACAUUCUGUUUCUGAAAAUCAAGAGUCUUCUUCCUCUUCCUCUUCCUCUUCAACUAUUCGGAAAAUCAAGUCUUCCAAAAAUUCAGCUGCUAAUAAAGAAUUAAAGAAGAAACCCAAAGUAACAGAUAACAAGGAAAGAACACCCAAAAAGAAACCUACUCCAGAACCACCAGUUGUAGAUGAAGCUGGAAGUGGACUGGACAAUGGUGACAUCAAGCUGACCCCAACUCCUGACAUUCCUACUACCCAACGCAAUAAAGUUACCACAUCUCCCAAGAUUACAACCGGCAAACCAAUAAAUCCUAAACCCAGUCUUCCACCUAAUUCUGAUAUAUCCAAAGAGACACCUUCAACACCUAAUAAGGAGCCAACAGUUGAAACUAAAGAGACUUCUUUAACAAACAAAGAGACUUCAAGUGGAACAAAAGAGAAGACUACUUCAACUAAAGAGACAAGAAAUGCAGAGAAAAAACCUCCUAAAGAUUUUUUACCCACAUCCAAAGCUCCUGUUAAAUCUACAUCCGAAGCUGAAACUACAACCAAAUCCCCUGCUUCCACCACCACCAAGGAGACCACUCCCACCACCCUCAAGCCUGUUCCUACUACGCCCAAGAAGCCUACACCCACCACUCCCAAGGAGCCUGUACCCACCACCAUCAAAGAGCCUACACCCACCACCCCCAAGAAGCCUGCACCUACCACUCCCAAGGAGCCUGCACCCACCACCCCCAAGGAUCCUACACCCACCACCCCAAAGGAGCCUACACCCACCACCCCCAAGGAGCCUACACCCACCGUCCCCAAGGAGCCUGCACCCACAGUCCCCAAGGAGCCUGCACCCACUAUGACCAAAGAACCUGCACCCACAGUCCCCAAGGAGCCUACACCUACCACCCCCAAGGAGUCUGCACCCACCACCCCCAAGGAGCCUGCACCCACCACCCCUAGGAAGCCUGCUCCUACCACUCCUAGGGAGCCUAUACCCACUACCACCAAAAAGCCUGCCCCCACAACCCCCAAGGAGCCUACACCCACCACUCCUAAGGAGCCUGCACCCCCUACCACCAAAGAGCCUGCACCCACAGCCCCCAAGGAGCCUACACCCACCCCCAAGGAGCCUGCACCCACUGCUCCCAAAGAGCCCACCCCGAAGGUCCCCAAGGAGCCUGCUCCAGCUUCUCUUGAGACACCUGCUCCAACCAUCUCAGAGGCCUCUACUACAACUACCACCAUGGAGCCUCCCACUACUCCCAAGAAUCCUGCUGAAUCAAUUCCUGAGUUUCCUGCAGAACCCACGCCAAAGGCUGUGAAUAAACCCAAAGAAACCACAGCUGUGCGAAAAGAUACAACCACGAAUCCUAAAGUGUCAACUUCUAAACCCCGAAAGCCAACCAAAGCACCAAAAAGGCCCACUUCUACCAAAAAGCCAAACACAAUACCUAAAGUGAGAAAACCAAAGACUACAGCAACUCCCCCAAAGAUGACUACAUCGACAAUGCCAAAAUUACACCCUACCUCUUCGGUGGAAGCCAUGCCCCAAACUACCACCAGCCCCAGCCAAAGACUUAACUCAGAAAAAGUUGAAGUAAAUCCAAAUAAAGAUGCAGAUAUUGCUGGAGAAAAACCUCACAUGAUCCCCAGGCCCCCUGAUAUAUUGGUGAGAGGAUCCAAUCAAGACCUCGCCAUCAAUCCCAUGCUUUCAGAUGAGACUAAUUUAUGCAACGGUAAGCCAGUAGAUGGACUGACUACUUUGCGCAAUGGAACACUGGUUGCAUUUCGAGGUCAUUAUUUCUGGAUGCUGAGUCCAUUCAAUCCACCAUCUCCACCUCGUAAAAUUACUGAAGUUUGGGGUAUUCCCUCCCCCAUUGAUACUGUUUUUACUAGAUGCAACUGUGAAGGAAAAACUUUCUUCUUUAAGGAUUCCCAGUACUGGCGUUUCACCAAUGAUAUAAAAGAUCCAGGGUACCCCAAACAAAUUGUAAAAGGAUUUGGAGGACUAAAUGGAAAAAUAGUGGCAGCUCUCUCAAUAGCCAAAUACAAGAACAGACCUGAAUCUGUGUAUUUUUUCAAGAGAGGUGGCGGCAUUCAGCAGUAUAUUUAUAAACAGGAACCCAUCAAAAAGUGCCCUGGAAGAAGGCCUGCUAUCAAUUAUUCAGUGUACAGAGAAACAACACAGGUUAGGAGACGUCGCUUUGAACAUGCCAUAGGACCUUCUCAAACACACACCAUCAGAAUUCACUAUUCACCCGUCAGAGUCUCUUACCAAGACAAAGGUUUCCUCCAUAAUGAAGUUAAAAUGAGUUUACAGUGGAGAGGAUUUCCAAGUGUGGUGACUUCAGCUAUCGCACUGCCCAACAUCAGAAAACCGGAAGGCUAUGAUUACUACACCUUUUCUAGGAAUCAAUACUAUAAUGUCGAUGAACCCAGCAGAACAGCAAGAGUCAUUACUACUCGUUCUGGGCGGAGCUUAUCCAAUGUCUGGUACAACUGUCCUUAGACCCACGGGCAAAGGAAGAGUCAACUAAUUAAAUGAAGAAUGAAAAAUUUUGACACUGAAAUAAAUUUUAUUAAUAAAGAAUGUUGAGAGAAGCAUAACAA